UUUUGUUGAGAAUGAUAUAAGUGGCCUAAGAGGGACGACUUGGCAAGAGUCGCAUUAUGUCACCUGGUUAACGAUAUUUUGGGACCAAUAUUUACUCGAUUAGUUGUAACAUGUGUUUGUGACACGAUGGAAGUGAGAGCAUGAGCGUGAGCUACAUCACAACAGUGUGUCCCAACAUGGAGGAGUCUCCAUCUCCCAAGUUUCUGGAGUCCUUUGUUCCAGGGCUUGGUUCACCAGACCUGCCGUCAACCAUGAUACACGACAUUGACCUCCAUCUUGAAUGUGACGAUGAUGGCAACUUCUGUCUUCCGGCCGUUGCCGAUAGCAGCAAUGUCCCGUCGCAUUCAGUCAUUGGUCAGAAUGUAAAUCUCAGUGUGACAUUUCCAGUGCCGAAACAAACAGAAAAAACAUCAUUAGUUUUCAGUUGUUCACAAUGUGACCAAAUUUUCAGCAAACACAGUAAGCUAGCUGAGCAUUUACUUCAAGUCCAUGAGAUUGUUAAGAAUUUUCAGUGUACAGUUUGUUCAUUUGCAACAACGUCCACAAGAUUAUUGAGACGCCAUUUGGUCAGGAUGCAUGAAGCAAAAAAAAGGGAGAAGUUUCCUGAAUCAAGAUUCUUCAAACCCCAGGAGCAGUUAAGCAGUGAUAAAAUGCAUGUUCCUGUUUCAACUGACAACCCCACAGGAAAUAUAAUAUGUCAACCGGAGAGUUCGGAAGUUGAUGAAAAGUCUGCAUGUGAUACAAAUUUACGACUUUUAAACGAACCGAAAAGAAGAACUGGUUUGAGUGUAUCAAAGUUAACGUCUGAUGAUGAGGACAGGAAGGAGCAUCGAUCUGUUUUCAUGUGUCCUGAAUGUCCGUACAAGGGUAUUUCACAAAAACAUUUGAAGAUGCACUUUGCAAAUAUUCACGACCGAUCACGAGAGAUUUUUAACUGUGAUGUCUGUGACUUCUCAUGUAAACAGAAGCGAACAUUUAUCAUCCAUGAAAGAAUGCAUAGAGGAGAAAAGCCAUUUAUAUGUGAUUUCUGUCAAAAAGUCUUUUUCUUCCAUGACAACACUGAAACGACACGCUUUGAUCCAUGGAACCGAAAGACAGCAUAACUGUCCCUUUGAAAACUGUUGUCAGGCGUUUAAAUAUAAGGACAUAUUGAAGUCUCACAUUUCUAAAGUUCACAAGAAAGGUAAAGGAAGUGAUCUGAGCAAUGUAUCAGAAGAACAAGUAUCAGCAUCCAAAACAGAUGGUAGCUGCAAGAAGAGGACUCUAUUUGCAUGUAGUUGGAAAGGAUGUGGAAAGUCAUUCCGAGAUAACUACAAUCUGAAGUGUCAUUUCUGUUUACAUACAGGGGAGAAACCGUUAAAGUGUCCACAUUGUGAAUUCAGGUGUGUUCAGCAAGCAUCCUUGAACUGUCAUGUCAAGAAUAUGCAUUUUGAAUUUAAAAAAUCAUGAUUUCAGUAUACUUUGGGCUGAUCAGAACUAUUCUUAUUGCACGGGGUAUAGUGGAUAAGGAAAUAUGAUGAAUAAACCUGAAAAUCAUA